GACACUACAGUAUUUUUUGGAAACUGAGUUUUGACUGAAAAUUUGGAGCAUGGUCAGAAAUCUGACAUCUUUUACAUUGUGGCAGUAUAGGCUAUGUUUUUUGUCAAUUUAAAUUAAAAUAACUAGACACCGCAAAUAAUUUGCCAUCAAAUCCUGGAGGACCUAAUUACCCAUAAUCUGGAUGUUGGAGACUCUUCAAAGGAUGACUUUAGAUGACAUAUGCUGCUCUUCGGUGCUUGUUCUUCAACUUAUAUUGGGAUUUAUGUGUACCCAUUUAUAAACGGUAAGUUAAUUAAAUCUUACUCAUAUUACCUAAAAAUUUUUAUAUUAAACUAAAGUUCUGAGGAUUGCUGGAUAGCGAUAAAUAAUAUUGAUGUUUAUUCCUCUGGAGUGCCAGUAGAAGGCAGUAAACAAAUUACGUCACAAUGAAAAAAAAUGGUGUCUGUAAAAAAGUCAAGGAUAUCUACCUCAUAACUAUCGCUUAAUUCAUAACUCGGCUCUGAUGAUUUUUUUCAGGUAUUUACAGGUCAGGCACUAUAUAAAUCAAAAUUUAAAAAGAUGUUGCUGAGGGUUUUUUACAGACAUUUAUAUCUCUAACGAAAUCACCUCACCCAACAAGAAUACUGUCUAAAUUAUAUAACGGUCGACUGAUGAGUAAAGGGGGGAGCACACAUUACUGUAUGUGAAGGAGAAAUGGGAAAAAGAAGGGAGUAGUAUUAUUAUUACAGAAGAAGAAUGGACUGAUAUAUGUAACACACAAUGGAUUACGAUGAGGUCAAGCAACUGGCGUGAAUUUUGUUUGAAGGACACAACGAGGUUUUUUGUACACCGGUCCAGAAAAAAAUAUCAAGGAAUGGGAGACGCAUGUUGGAGAUGCAGCAGUAGCACAGCAAAUCAUUUUCAUAUAUUCUGGGAAUGUGCGGUUAUUCAGGAAUAUUGGUUAGACAUUCAUUAUCACCAACAAUUUUUUAAAAAUUUUGACAUCCCCAUGUCCUUUGCUACCAUGUACCUAUGUAAAAUAAACGUGCAACAAAUUAGCAAUAAUGAAAAGAAACUCAUUCAUAUCUUAUUAGCUGCAAGCAAAAAAGCAUUGACAACAAAGUGGCUCAAACCUGACAACAGAUUACUGGAUUGAGGUCGUUAGAGAGAUUUUUAUUACGGAGAGGCUCUCCUACACAAUAAAGCUACUACUGGACAUGUUUUAUGUGAUGUGGACAAAAUGGACAGAAUAUGUUAAGCCUGUACGAAGUGAUUUUGAUUAAUAUAUGCUCAUACAUAAUGAUUUCUUGUAUGUAAAAGGUAUAGUGAUGUAAUAGGUUCCCUGCUCCUUGGUCUUUGUUUUUUGUUUUGUUUCUAAAAAGGAAAAGCAACAGAAAUCUGUAAAAUCUCUUCGUAUUGCACGUUGGAAGAACAAUAUGCUUUUCAAUAAAAAACAGUCAAUUAAAAAAAAAAAACUAUCGCUUAAUUGUAUUUUUUUUUGUUACUGUCGCAUUUUCUCCGAUAUGUUAGAUGAUAAAUAAUCGAUCCAAACAAAGAAAAGAAAGAAAAAAAACGUUUAAAAGGGUAAAUACAGUAUAUGAAAAAGAAAAUCUCAACCACUCCGUGAUGUCUGCGAUUUCUGCAUCACGACCCUUGUUAUAUUACCAUAUUUCACCCAUAAAAUCCCCAAAAAAUCCAGCUGUGGCCAUUAACAGCUGUGUCUUGACGCGCAGUGAUACAUGCUACAUGGGCUUUUUGGAUCCAAAAAAGGUAAGUACGCGAAAAUAUCCCAUUAAAGUCAUGGCGUCUAUAAUUCUGCUCUCGCCUGCUCUCACCUCCAGAUAGGGUUUCGCUGUUUAAAAAAAAAAAAAAAAAAUUUAAUGCCCUCCUGUUCAAAAUUUUUCUUCCCCCAGAAAAUUGGCAUUUUAAGCUUUCCAAUUAUGUAUCACACAUGCAUAUCGGACAAUUUUGAAAUUUGGCCAAAUUGGGGCUCUCAGAACGGAACUUCAUGUCACCUGAGUGUUUUCCGCCAUAUAUUGUGUUUGCUACGUUCACUAACAUCCUGUGUAACCCCUGUUCUUAAAACCUAGUCACACCCCUGCUUGUAGGACAGGAACAUGUAGGUGGUUGAGACUUGAGAGGUAAAACUAUUAGUGAACAUAUUGGUGCCAGUAGGUUCCAUCGGGGUGUGACACACGCCUACGAGUUGGACAAGGUCCAAAAUGUCUGAACUAUUUAUGGAAUGUGAGGAAGAAGAGCUGGAGCCAUGGCAGAGAGCAGCUCCAGAGCAGAUAGAGGAGGAAGAGGACGAUGAUGACGAGCCCAUUUUUGUUGGAGUAGUGGCAAAAAAAGAAAAAGAGGUUCCGCCUAUUCCUCCAAUUGACAAUGUGGAAAAGUACGUGGUCAACUCUGCUCCUCCUACACCAACACCAGUGUCGCCCGUGGCCCCUUCUUCUAUAAUGUUACCAUUAAAAAUAUCUGGAAAUGCCGCCAGUGCUCCGAGAACUAAUAUCCGGACAGUGACUCCCCAGCCUGUGAUUGUCAAUAAUCAGGGCUUCAUCGUGACGCCUCCGUUAACCAGCAACAAUGACUUGGUUGCCACUCUUGGGAAGCACUAUCCUCCGGGGACAAAAUUUACCAUUAUACCAGCCCCUCAGUCGCAACAGCUUAUCCAGCAUGUCACUCCAGUCACUGCGAUACCCGGUGUCGUCCAUCGGCCUCAUGUGCAGCAGAUCCAAAACAAUGUUGUGACAUUGGCUAACGUGCAGAGCCCCACUGUUUAUACAGCCAAACCCCAGCUCCUGCAAGUCAACCAGGGCACCUCUCUGCAGACCAUCUCCUUGCCUGUUAAAGCUAACAAAGAGACUGUGAAGCGGGUGGUGCCACCAAAUCAAAUGGACACUGAUGCAAAGAGAUUCAAAGCUGACGUUUCUUUUCCUGUCGGACAAGGAAACACUCCUGGUUCAUUGGAAAAUGGAGAAGCAAAGAGAAAAUGCCCAAAUUGUAAUGAAGAUUUCAUUCAAUUGAAUCGUCAUUUGGCUAGUUGCAAGGCUAGAACUGAAGGUGGCGCUGUGUCUCCACCAGCUGAUAACGCUGUCUUGAAUAAACGCAUCAUGUUAGUGUCUGACUUCUACUAUGGCCGUUUUGAGGGCAAUUGUCCGAAAGUGUCUGCACCGAGGAGCGAUAUCACUUUCAAGUGUCAGAGCUGCUUGAAAGUUCUCAAGAGCAACAUCAAGUUCAUGAACCACAUGAAGCACCACCUGGAGCUGGAGAAGCAGAGCAAUGAAAGCCUGGAGUGCCACACAACUUGCCAGCAUUGCUACCGCCAGUACAUGACUCCAUUUCAGCUGCAGUGCCAUAUCGAAAGCGCUCACAGUCCCAUCGAAUCUUCUACUAAUUGCAAGAUAUGUGAGCUUGCGUUUGAGUCUGAGCAAGUCCUCCUUGAGCACAUGAAAGACAACCACAAGCCUGGGGAGAUGCCGUAUGUCUGUCAGGUGUGCAACUACAGAUCUUCCUUUUUCUCGGAGGUGGAGACACAUUUCCGAAGUGUCCAUGUUAACACGAAAAACCUGCUGUGCCCUUUUUGUCUCAGAGUCCUGAGAAGUAGUCAGAGGUACAUGCAACACUUCAUGAAACAUCAGAGAAAAGGCAUCCAUCGCUGUGGAAAAUGUCGACUCAAUUUCCUUACCCACAAAGAUAGACUAGACCACAGGGCACAGGUCCACAAGACUUUCAGAAAGCCUUUAGUUCUGGAGGGCCUGCCUGCAGGGACAAAGGUGACCAUUCGAGCCUCACUCAGUGGCAAAAAGACCUCCAUUUCGAGUUUGUUGGAUCCAUCUGCUAUAAUUUUCACUCCUGAAAUGCUAAGCAACAACACAAAAACCAAACCAACUGGCGGUUGUGGGAAAUCCAAGCGAAACAGCUCUGAAGUAGGAAAGGCCAAGACAACUCAAAAGAAGAAAGGGCAUGCUACUACCAAUUGUAACAUGUCACUCAAAAGCCUAAGUGUAAACGGAGGUUGUUACACCUGCAUCGAGUGCAACAACAAAGUCGAUGAGUUCUUUUCCCACUUCCUGUUUUCCUCCGUUUGUGGCGCAUGCACUUAUCGUACGAGUUGCAAAAUUGCAAUUGGAAAUCACAUGAUAAGAUAUCACAGCAUGGUCAACAAGAGCAGAUUUUCCAAAGUGGACCAUAAGAAACAUUCAUCUGCAAUGAAAUUAACUCUGGUGUGUCUCAACUGUGACCUCCUGGUAGACGCGUCAGGCGGUGACGUAAUGAGCAAACAUUUGAAUGAAAGACCAAAUCAUGUAUGCAAAGUCAUUGAGGAGAAAGCAGGUCUCAAAGCUUCAACUGGAGUCCAAGACUCCAGUGAUUCUAUCCAAAUGAAAAGGAAGGAACUACUCCCCCAGCUAAAGGAAGCACAGGAAAGAGGAGAAAUUGCCAUCCUGAGACAUGACCAACUGAUCAUUCUAACCCCCUUAACACCACAACAGAGCAAAACAGAGACAUCAGAAGAAGGCUCUUCAAAGCUCUUCACAGUUGUAAAAGAAUUACCAACAGAAACUUCCUCAAAACCUGAGCAAUUUGAAAAGACUGAAGACUUAUCCCCCGUGACGGUUGAACAUCCUCCACCUGAACCCGUGUUGCAGGCUUCUGUUGAAGAUUCUCCUGAAAAAAAUGCAACGGUGUCCGGCUCCUCCGCCGUAGAAGUGCCUCCCGGAAGUACGUCAGCUCUGCCCUGCUCAAUAGCUGCUGAAGAUUCCCUAGAAGAAAAUGCAACAGUGUCCGGCUCCUCAGCCGUUGAAGUGUCUCCCGGAAGUACGUCAGCUCUGCCCUGCCCAGUAGCUGCUGAAGAUUCCCUAGAAGAAAAUGCAACUGUGUCCGGCUCCUCAGCCGUUGAAGUGUCUUCCGGAGGUACGUCAGCUCUACCCUGCUCAGUAGCUGCUGAAGAUUCCCUAGAAGAAAAUGCAACGGUGUCCGGCUCCUCAGCCGUUGAAGUGUCUCCCAGAGGUACGUCAGCUCUGCCCUGCUCAGUAGCUGCUGAAGAUACCCUAGAAGAAAAUGUAACGGUGUCCAGCUCCUCAGCCGUUGAAGUGUCUCCCGGAGGUACGUCAGCUCUGCCCUGCUCAAUAGCUGCUGAAGAUUCCCUAGAAGAAAAUGCAUCACGGUCUGACUCCUCUCCUUCUUGCACGCCAGAAGGCUUUGAGGAUGUUAAACCAAUUGAAGACACUAAAAACCCUGUUUCUCCGAUUCUAUCUCUUACUGAGUAGCAAAAUGCUGAACGAACAAUGCCCCUCACAAACUUUUUGUAUUUCUGAAUCCAUUGAAUCGUUCCCCAGUUAGAAUGACAGUAUUUGUCUUGAACUUGAUGGACAAAUCAUUAAAAACUUUCAGCCAAAUGCACAUUGUAGAUAGCUGGAUUAUUGCUAAUCAUAGUUUAUUUUGAAACCUCACCGUACACUACCAGUGACCGAUGCGUUCGUACCAUUGCCAUCCGCCCGUCACACAUUUUAUGUGCAGAAUGGUUUAUUUAUUGUAAACUCUUACUGUUAUACUGUUUAUCACAGUACAGUGGUGCCUGAAGAUAAGGAAGUUUUGGUAUAGACAAGUUUCCGAGGUACUUCCACUUCCUGCUUUCUGCUCACGACUUCCAUUUUUACCUUAUUUUAUAUUGACAGCAGUGGCACUGGAGUGGCAUCAUCACUCACUCAAACCCCUGAAAAAACACUAUUUGGAAAUAACGCAUCCUUCUGCCAUGUCAUCAUGGGAAGACAACAUAAAGAAAUGCCAAAGGUGACCACAAGUAAAAUAUUAAUGUAUUUUAUUGACUCUAUGGCAGUGGACGGAAACGCCAUCAGGGUCCUGAAAAGCUCAAAGGCAUUCCAGGACCUUCACAGCCACAAAAUUAGAUGUGUCGUCAUACACGAAUACGGGAAUUUUGUCAUCAUGAAGGCGGUGUGGAACCAAGGCAGUGCCUCAAUGCUCCGUACCACAAAGCAUGGGUGUUGGUAACAAAGGAGGAAGACGUCUAAACUGCGGGCUGUACAUGUAUCGCGGGUCCCGGGCAUUCGUGUAGUCAAGGUGCCGCUGUGUUAUGGAAGGUAUGUUCUACAAAAAUACGAAACCUAAAAUCUGGCGCAUUGUUGCCUUUACUAUUGAUAUUACGAUGAUGAUUGUAAUGAUGAAGUUUUAAUCAUUUUUACUGCAACUGCUGCUGCUGCUGAUGUAGAUGCUACUACAACAACACAACCAAAGUUAAGAGAAAGGAUGUUAUUCGGUGGGUUUUUUAUCAACGAAGUGAUAAAUACGAACAUAUAAUCUUUUAGGUGGAGCCUUUAAGUUUAGAAAAGUGAUCCACAUUCUUGAAAUAUUGUCUGCUGGUUUCGGAUGUAAGGAGUAUGGUGGAGUACAUCCGCAGUGGUGCUUUGUAGCUGGUCGGUGAUAAAAACAUUCCCCUUCAAACCAUAUAUUUAGGCGCUUCCAGGAGUUCGCACAGCCACGCUCAGCACAGAAAGUCCCUGACCCUCAUUUACGUUGUGCAGAAUCAGUGGGUUCCUUUGGUUUGAUUUUGAUUUCGUCAACACACUGCUAACUUCAACCGCAACUCAUGAUGUUUUAUCUAAACGGGAAGUUCGGAGCAGAAAUUUUCCAAGCCCAUGUUUCGCUCAGGAAACUUGUAUAUAGACCCUACCCACGUGACGUCACAACUCCACUCUCCUGAAUGGUACCGCCCACUUGUUCGUCAAAACAUAGUGUUAACCUGUUACGGCUACGUACAUUUCUCCUAUUUACGGCGUGUUUUUCUGCUCCUUAACAUUAAUAAUCAAAAUGGUGAAGGCGUGUGUGGCUGUUGGUUGCACUAACAGAGAAGAUGGAAGGAGAGACUUGAAAUUUUACCGUAUUCCGAGGGAUCCAAAGAGGAGAGCAAAAUGGACGGUUGCAAUUUGACGUGAAAACUGGGCACCAAAAAAUCACCACAGACUAUGUAGUAGUCAUUUUAUAUCCGGUAAGAUGCAUUUAAGAUAUACUUAGAGGGUUUUGGGCUGACAAAUAACCACAAUUAAGAUCAUUCCUAGGCUAAUCGCCGACAACAUACGACGUAGUACGGCAUAGUUUCAAAUUCAAGAUGUUUGUGACUUCCCUUUCUUCCACCAUCGUUAUUUUUUGAAUAAUAUUUAGCUGGUACCAAGUGAAAGAAACUGGCCUCGUCUACGGGGCUGACAAAUAACCACAAUUAAGAUCAUUGCUAGGCUAAUCGCCGACAACAUACACGUAUGUAUGUAGUGAGAGUGCUAUCGCUAAACCAUAUAAACGUUAAAAGCCUUAACUCCAUUGACAAACGACAUGAAAUACAUUAGACUUGAAAGUGGAUGUUAGCAAUAACAAAAGAUUUUGAAUUGAAAAUUUCGUAACUCACCUUUCCAAGCACAAGAUAGAUUCCUGCCGAAUUUUCGUGGACGAGGACAUGUUUCACCCAACCAGCAACGAAGUAUUUAAAAGCCUCCAAGCUCUUAAAGUGUUUUUCAAAUUUUCGUGAGAAUAGGCUGAUUUUGUGUGGACAAGAUAAUUGUAAAUAUCAGCGUAGCAGAUGUCAGGCAGACAGGGCGAAGACAGUGGGUCGAAAAACAUCGAUUUGGGCAUCAAAUAUGGAUCUGGCGACUGUAUAGAACGAAGCUUUUCCACAUAACGCCUUUUAUGCAACACAUCCAGUGAGUUUACGGCAUCAGAAAGCACCGGGUCUUCCAUGAAAUGCAUUUUAAAUUCCUCGAUCAAUUGAAACCAAUGCUAAUACAGAGACAAAAUGACGGACAAGUGGGCGGAAACAUACAGCGAGCACGUGGUUUUAUGACGUCGGUGGGUAGGGUCUAUACGAAAAAUUCAUGAUAAGAUGGCCACUUGGGAACGAAUUUCGUAUCUUGAGGCACCACUGUACUUUAGAUGUUGUGUACAGAGAUGGACCGGAAUGGAGGAGAGGAUAUACAAUACUUGAUUGCCAAUGUUAUAUCUGAAUAUUGGCCAAAAGCUUCCAAGCUUUGUGUUUGACCCCAAAGUUUGUCGAAUGUGUUUGUUGGUUCUUGUUCUUUUCCACACAUCAAGAACAGAUUAAACGCAACUUUAGAUGUAAAAUAUUGAAAAAGCUUGACGUCAGAUUUGUAUCUUAAGAACUGAAAUAAACAAUGCUGUUGUAUAAUUAUUCUCAUACAAAUGGGUGACAAAAUACCUAGUAUGUCUUUAUUAUGUGUGGACUAUUACAAGUCACAGUGUUGACACUUUAUAGGGCAAUCAUUUAACUCAUUAGCUGCCAUUGACAGUGCUCGAUGUCAAAUCAUUUUGACUAGCUAAUGACAAGGUCAGAAUCCUAAAUAUUCUGGCUGGCACUAAUCCUCUUUGCAUUAUGGUAUUGGAAUAAACUGUAAUGUAUAUUUUUCAUAUUAAAUGAUUUGGAAGCGCACCGAGAAGUAGAAUUACUAAAAGUUAAAAACAGUGCGUUGAAGUCAUAUAAAAAUGUGAAUUUUUCCAACAUGGUUCCAUUUUGCAAAGAUUCUGAGGUAUUCUACUACUUGUGUGUUUGGCUGAGUGAAUUUUGUGUUGUUUGUGGGGAAGAAUUACAUUUUCCUUAUUUUUACAAACGAGAAGAAAAAUAUUUUCCUGCCCUCCGAUACAGUGGUAUGAAAAAGUGUCUGGACCUUUUGGAAUUUCUCAAAUUUCUGCAUAAACUAGGGGUGCACCAUAUCCAUUUUUUGAAACCGAUAUCGAUAACUUCCUGCUCCUCAAAGCCGAUACCGAUAUCGAUAACCGAUAAUAAAUAUAUAAUUUUUAAAAUGUAUAUUCACCCGAAUUUUUGAACACCUGGAGGUUAAAAAAAAAAGGUGGAUUCAACCUCACCAGGAUUUUUAUAAUGACGUGAACAUUAUUAUAAUGAACAAAACAAAGACAAGAACAGUCUUGACUUCAAAUAAAGUGCAAAUUUUGGUGACCCUUUAUUUUGGAACAUAAUUCACCCACGGAAGUUGUGUGUACGUUUGGCCGAGCGCGUUACCAGCUACGUCACAGUCACGUGACAUACUUAAUAGCCGUGCGCGUUCCGGCUGAGUUGAGAGUUCACAGAGAGCAGCAGAGUUACAGCGGCUGGACACAGCAAUUAGAGCUAACAACACUCUUGACAUUGCAUACUGCUUCACAAUAUUUUUUCAAAUGAAUAUAAUUUGAGUCAAUCACAAUCAAUUAGUCAGUAUAAUUGAAGAUGUGUUUCCUGAGCAAUGAGCACUGAACUAAACAUAAACCCAACAGGUAUUGUGCUUUGUCAUCAGAUAAAAAUAUUUAGUGCUACAGGAGACUGUUGUGGUCUUGGUCAAUGAAAGAACUUUCUUAACCUGGGAGACAGGACGGCAAGCCUAUCAAUAACGAAAAGGC